GGGCUGUCAGUCGGAGGCGGCGUGGGGAGCGCUGGGAGCGGGAGCGGCAGCGGCGCGGCUGGAGCCGAGUUUGUAAACAUGGAAUUUCAAGCAGUAGUUAUGGCAGUUGGAGGGGGAUCUCGGAUGACAGAUCUGACUUCAAGCAUUCCCAAGCCUCUGCUUCCAGUUGGGAACAAACCUUUAAUUUGGUACCCAUUGAACCUGCUUGAGCGUGUUGGAUUUGAAGAAGUCAUUGUUAUUACAACCAGGGAUGUCCAAAAAGCUCUAUCUGCAGAAUUCAAGGUGAAAAUGAAGCUAGAUAUUGUGUGUAUUCCUGAUGAAGCUGACAAGGGAACUGCAGAUUCCCUGCGCCACAUAUAUCCAAAACUUAAGACAGAUGUACUGGUCCUGAGCUGUGAUCUAAUAACAGACGUUGCCUUACACGAGGUUGUGGACCUGUUCAGAGCUCAUGAUGCAUCCCUCGCCAUGUUAAUGAGAAAAGGUCAAGAUGGCUUAGAAGCAGUUCCAGGUCAAAAGGGGAAAAAAAAAGCAGUGGAGCAGCGUGACUUCAUUGGAGUGGACAGCACAGGAAAGAGGCUGCUCUUUAUGGUUAAUGAAGCGGACUUGGAUGAAGAGCUGGUCAUUAAGGGAUCCAUCCUGCAGAAGCACCCUAGAAUACGUUUCCACACAGGCCUUGUGGACGCCCAUCUCUACUGCAUGAAAAAAUACGUUGUGGACUUCCUAAUGGAAAAUGAGUCAAUCACGUCCGUCCGGAGUGAACUGAUUCCAUACCUAGUAAGAAAACAGUUUUCCUCAGCUUCCUCACAACAAGGACAAGAAGAAAAAGAGGAGGAUCUAAAGAAAAAGGAGCUCAAGUCCCUAGAUAUUUACAGUUUUAUAAAAGAGGACAACACACUGACCUUUGCUCCCUAUGAUGGCUGCUGGAAUGCCUGUCGAGGAGACACAUGGGAAGACUUGUCCAGAUCACAGGUGCGCUGCUAUGUCCACAUCAUGAAAGACGGGCUCUGCCUUCGAUUGAGCACCCUGGGACUCUACAUAGAAGCAAACAGACAGGUGCCGAAAUUGCUACCUAUUCUUUGUCCAGAAGAAUCGCUGGUCCAUUCAUCAGCCCAGAUAGUCAACAGGCACUUGGUUGGAGGUGACUGCCUCAUCGGUCCAGAUACACAGGUUGGGGAGAAGUCAUCCAUUAAGCAUUCGGUCAUUGGUUCAUCCUGUGUCAUAAGAGACAGAGUGACUAUCACCAGUUGCCUUCUCAUGAACUCAGUCACUGUGGAGGAAGGGUGCAUCAUCCAGGGCAGCGUCAUCUGCAACAAUGCUGUGAUCGAGAAGGGAGCAGACGUCAAGGACUGCCUCGUUGGAAAUGGCCAGAGGAUUGAAGCCAAAGCCAAACGAGUAAAUGAGGUGAUCGUGGGGAAUGACCAACUCAUGGAGAUCUGAGUUCUGAGCAAGUCAGACAUCUUCCUCUUGGCCCCCAGAACUACAGAUGUUGGCUGGCCCAUCUGUUUGACUCUGUAUUUAUUUCCCAAUAAAGAAGGGCUCCCAAAGGCAUGCUGGAGACUUACGAAGUAGUGCCACGCUCCAUACUGGGGGGGCCAGGGAUACACAGUGUGUGUUGAUGAGUCAAAUGGUAAACACCAUCUAGAGCCAGUGUGUGGAACAAAAUAGGACACAAUCGCCAAGCUCCCAUGUACUGAAGUUACUAGGCAGGGGCAGCGGCUGUCCAGCGGUAAAGCUCCUAGGAGGGUGGCCUUCCAACUGGCUGGGCUAGCCUAGCCCUAGCCCGCAAAAGCACAUCCCACCUGGAAGGAUCUGAAGGUACUUCAGUCCCUGGCCCGCAGGCCUAGCUGCUGGCAGUGCCACCUCUGCCUGACAUGUCCCCUGUACAGCUGCCUAUCUGGGGCCGCCUGGCCCAUGAGUCUCAGCCCAGGACUUAUUAAUACUCUGCCUCCAUACCUGCCACGCAGAUUCCCAGCCCCUGCCAUCUCCCCACCCCCAGCCUCACCCUCUAACUCCUGCCAUUCCCUCCCCCACCCUCCCAGCCUGUAGCCAAUUUCUGCAGUUCAACUAUGUCCCUUGGAGACUCUUAAAGCCAGCAGAAGGCAGCCCUUGCCUCGUCAUCAAACCUAUCCUCACCAGUUUUAGUGGGGCAAGAGCAAUAAAAGAAAGCCAUGGUCUGAGAAGCCAGACUCCUUCCCACCUCCCCUUAGUGUGAUCUGUUCAUCCAGGAAACUAUAUCAUGGUUUGAAAUUCUUUCUGACCCUUCUCCGGUUGUAUUUCUGUCUUCAUAUCCUAAUUAUACAGACUCUCCUGCUUCAGAUAAUUGAGAAAUGACAUUUCCUUGCUCACAGCUCUUCUAGAGUCCUAUCCACCUUCCCUUUAGCACCCCUCUCCGAGAUGCACGUGCACGCUGCUCUUACCGAUCCCUGUGCUGCUUUCACAACCUGCAGGAGUUUGGUGGAAGAUAAAAGUGGUUCCUGGGGUGAGAUUUCACCACCCAGGGUUAACAAAGUAAAGGUUUCUCUUGAUGUGCUCACUGUGGGUGGCAGUAAUUAUAAUCAUAAAAGUACUGGUUUCUACAUUGCCUCAAAAAUCUGAAGUCUCUUAAGCUCAUUUGAGUGAUCUUGCCUGAAUCUUAGUGUUGCUCUCACUGAACUUGUGGGAGACUGACGGGAUGAGCAUUCCUUCCCAGGGGAUAGCCACCUCCACCAGCCCCAUCUUGGGAGCUCUGCAGCUCCACGUUCUUCUCACUGGUC